AUGAUGGACCAAGAAUUUCCAUUAUCGAAGGUCGCGAAGACUUUGGAGUCUGCCUCUGGGUACGAAUUUCAAGUUCUUCUGAAGACAAUCUCGUCGCCCAAGUACGCUGACGAAAAACUUUUGAAAUCUGAUUUGGCAGUGCUUGUGGCCAAGAUCCUGAAGCUGUUGCGUUCUAGUGACGAUUAUGAGGUUUGGAGAGGCUGCCAUCUCGCAGACGUUCUCUGCGCAUAUAAUCCGGUUGUUUUGUGCUCUCAAGCAAACGUCCUCCUUACAGCUCUUUUCAACAAACUAGAACAAAAAGCAGGCUAUUAUAGAACUACUGUUUCGACUCCUCAGGGAAAAGUUUUGUUGAGCACAUUGGUGAGGUCGGUCGAUAUUUUAAUGGAUUUAAUACGGGGAAAACCUGCUCUAACUCGUGAAGUCCUCACUCCACGGCUACCAGCAAUCAUAUCCAUUCUCGUAACGCUAUCUCAAUUCGAACCAGCACUGUGCUGCCCCAUUUUGAAGAAGCUAUUAAGAAAGAACCCUACUACAUUCAGGCCUCACGUCAACAAAUUCAAAAAUGUUCUUGUAAACUUGAUGGUAAAGGACUAUCAUCAUUUCGAUGCUGCUACAAGAAGAAGCAUAGUCGACAAUUAUGCUCUGUUGAAUUUAGUAAAACAAAACACCGGUCCUAAAGACGAAAGCAAGAGCCACCAAAAGUCAUUUGCAGAUGAACAGUGGAGACACGGCUUUAUGGCUGUUCUGUACAGCUUCAAGCCAAUUGUCAAUCUUUGUGGUGAAAUUCUGGAUUUUAGUGCUGAUAGAGAUAUGCAGGGCCUAAUUCAAAGAUUACCGUUCCCCAGCAACGAGAAGUUUGAAGAAUUUCUGCCCUCAGUGAAUGUGGAUCUGAACAAGCCAUUAACUUUGUGGGCAAUUGCCGAGAGGGUUGGUCUUUUGUGUGAUCUGACAGCUGCGUUUAUUACCCAGCCAACCCAGUUCCGCAUCAGAAUUCCUUUUGGGGGAUUGGUCGCUAUCACAGAAGCUCUUUUAAGUCUUACUACCAAUUACUUGCCUUUACAACGCACUUUACGUCGGGAUGCGGAGCUCACCUCAACAGUUCGGAUGUUUUUACCGACACUACAAGCUAGUGCUAUCUCCUUACUUGGUCAAAUUUCUAAAACGUAUGGCAAGAAUGUCCUUUCCUACACCACUUCAAUCUUAUCCUCGCUUGAACUUUUCAUCCCGACAGGAAAAGGCUCUACAGUGAUUGAUUUUGACAAAGUUGAUACUCUAAGGAGCUCAUUUUUUGAUCUUUUCGGUGUUGUUGACCUAUUUUUGGCCCACCUCGGACAUUCAUUCAGCGAGACCACCUUGUUCAGUAAACUUGUCAGCAUCGCAUUACAUUUGACUAGAGACUCAAUGCCAUUGAAGUACAUAUUUCAACAGCAUAAUACAACUAACAACAAAAAUAUGCCAAAAUCUAAGAAAGCCGCCAAGCAAAACACAGGGUCAAUGUCGGAUGUGUAUUCACACCCUCUGUCCUUCGUCAAUAAAAAUUCUCUGAGAAGCUUUGAUCUUUUGAAUAGUUUUCUCACAAGAAUUGUAUUGAAUUUGAAACUGCCCUCAGCAGAACAAAUCAAAAUUACAAAAUAUGCCAUCACUACUGCCGUUAAACUGCAAAAGGAGCUUGGCCAUCUUCCCGAGACUUUUGUAAGUCUGUUGCGUGCUAUAGUAGUACAUCCCGGUUACGAAAAAAUAUCCAUUCUUCCAAUUGCUGUCAAUCUCGUUAAGACUCAGGGCGACGAACUUUUUGACAUCUUUUGCAACCCAAGGUUGCCGUUUGGAUCGAUUCAAACAACCCGGAAAGAGGAGGCAUCAACAGAUUAUGAAGAUGCCGAAGUUCAUGGCCCUGAAAGUUUGAAGACGAAUGACCCUGCCAUGCUAGAGCCAUCUACUGGCUCGGAAGACAUAGCAGAGGAGGUUGAACUUGAGGGAACAAAGAAACUUGGGCAAUUUGAAGCCUCGAGAACUAGCAUGGCUGCCAACAUUGAGCGCAUUGCUAAAGAAGAGCCCGGAAAAAUCAUGAGAAAAAGGGCAACUGAAGUUGAAGUACAUGGUCCUGAAACUAAAAUCCAUAAGACAGACACUGACGUGGGCAUCGAAGUCGAUGAGAUUAAAGAGCCCAAUAGCACAGGGGUAACGCUUAUUCCCGUAGAAGUCCAAGAGGAAAAGGAAGUGAUUAUAGACGUCCACGAAAGUGACGGCGAUGACGGCGACGACGGCUCUGACUUUGAAAUACCGGCCAUAGAUCUCAGUGACGAUGACGAGUGA